AUUAUCUGCCCCUUGUGAAAUCCCAAUGUCUGAUUGUCGAUGUGAUAUUGGCUGAUGCAUCCGACGCUGUCUUGUCAUUUGUCCUGAUUGUCAGUGGAAGAACUCUUUCGUAUUUGCGGCGUAUUCUGAUAGUUUUCCCAAAACGAAAAUUGUGUCUUCGCAGCCAAAGUGACCAAAUGAAUGCAAAGUCUUCAUUUACAGGAGAGUACAAUUAUCCGCAGUAUAAUGCCAACUUUAGGAUUCCACUGAAGAUUGAGGAGUCCGCAGAAAUUGCGCCCUUUUCCAGCGUGCUGGAUAACAUCUUCGAGCAACAGAACACACCUGAGCGCUUCCAGAAGUUGACAGUCGCAAGUCUCCAGCGUCCGGCGAAGAGGAAGAAUGACGAGGCUCCGGUUGGGAUGGAAGUGGACGCGGAUGAUGGACAGGAGGAGAGUGUUAAGAGGCGUCGAAUGGCAAACGCAUUGAUUGAGAUGCUCGGGGAGGAUUUUCCUGCGGAGCUGAAGGCGCUGAUGAAGCCACUGUGUUGCGAUCUGUGCAGCGUGAAGCUGAAUUCUGUGUCCACGGCAAACAUGCACUAUGAAUCGAAGAAUCACGAGAAGAAGAUCAACAAUUGGCUGCUGGAGUGGUCGAAGAAGACUGGCCAGCCGGUGAGGCAGCGCCAGAAGGCCAACAAGGAGGGUCCCGUGGGCCCCAAUGCCUUCCACUGUGACGUCUGCGACAUCCCACUGACAUCCUUGCAGCACGCCCGGACACACUACACGGGCCGCAAGCACAAUCUCGCCGCCUCGGGCCGCGGACAGCCGUCAGGCGCCGGCUUCUACAACACAGAUGGCAAGUGGGUGAGGCAGAUGACAAAGCCCAGCCAGGAUCCUUCGGGCCGUUUCGGCAUCGGCGAGGCAUUCGUGAAGCCACCGCCGGUCGCCAGCUCUAGUCAGGGCAGCUUCUGCAGUCUCUGCAGCAUCUCAGUGUCGUCGGAGUCACAGAUGAAGAUCCACUUGGAGGGCGCGAAGCACAGCAAGCGCCUCAAGGCCUCCACAGCCGCCACCAUCCCGCCCAGCGACAACGACACCGUGAUGGAGAGCGUGAUCCAGCAGCUGCCCAACAGUAUUCCGCCAAAGAGGGACAUCUCCAUCAACCGGACGCCGUCCGGGAACUACUACUGCGCCUCCUGCGAUGUCACCGUGAACAACGAGCACCUCUUCAACCAGCACCUCAACAGCAAGAGGCACAUGAAGAAGCUGAAGAUGUCCCAAGCAUAGAUUCUCUGUUCCAAACACACAUUCUGAACGGAUGAAGAAUAGAUGUUUACUG